CCCCCUCGCCUCUCACUAAGCCCGUACCUGCCCCAGCCAGAACGCAAAGACAUACUUUUUCAACCAUCAUGCUGCGGAGCGUAUUAGCUGAACGCCCUGACUCCGGCCGUGGCGGUCAGGUAGUCGCUGGUCAGGCAACCCAAGCAGUGCCUCAGCGGAAGAGCGGGCCUCCAGGCCCCAGCGACCAACCCCCGCCCUCCCCACCCCACGUGGUUGGAGGUUUCCAGAAGCGUUUCCACCGCCGCGCAGCGCAGCUUAGCUCCUACUUGUCCGAGUGACUCUUUGCUGCCUGCUGCUCUCUCCAUCUAGCCGCGAUGAUAAGCGCCAGCCGAGCCGCGGCAUCUCGUCUCGUGGGCGCAACAGCUUCCCGGGGCUCCACGGUCGCCCGCCACCAGGAUGGCUGGAAUGGCCUUAGUCAUGAGGCUUUUAGAAUUGUUUCAAGGCGUGACUAUGCAUCAGAAGCAAUCAAAGGAGCAGUUGUUGGUAUUGAUUUGGGUACUACCAACUCCUGUGUGGCAGUUAUGGAAGGUAAACAAGCAAAGGUGUUAGAGAAUGCCGAAGGUGCCAGAACCACCCCUUCGGUUGUGGCCUUUACAACAGAUGGUGAGCGGCUUGUUGGCAUGCCGGCCAAGCGACAGGCUGUCACCAACCCAAACAACACAUUCUAUGCCACAAAGCGUCUUAUUGGCCGGCGAUAUGAUGACCCUGAAGUCCAGAAAGACAUUAAAAAUGUUCCCUUUAAAAUUGUCCGUGCCUCCAAUGGCGAUGCCUGGGUUGAAGCUCAUGGAAAACUCUACUCUCCAAGUCAGAUUGGAGCAUUUGUGUUGAUGAAGAUGAAAGAGACCGCAGAAAAUUACCUGGGGCAUACAGCAAAAAAUGCUGUGAUCACAGUCCCAGCUUAUUUCAAUGACUCUCAAAGACAGGCCACUAAGGAUGCUGGCCAGAUAGCCGGACUAAAUGUGCUUCGGGUGAUUAAUGAACCCACAGCUGCUGCUCUGGCCUAUGGUCUAGACAAAUCAGAAGACAGAGUCAUUGCUGUGUAUGAUUUAGGUGGUGGAACUUUUGAUAUUUCUGUCCUGGAAAUUCAGAAAGGAGUGUUUGAGGUGAAGUCCACCAAUGGAGACACAUUCUUAGGUGGUGAAGACUUUGACCAGGCCUUGCUACAACACAUUGUGAAGGAGUUUAAAAGAGAGACGGGAGUUGAUUUGACGAAAGACAACAUGGCACUUCAAAGAGUUCGGGAAGCUGCUGAGAAGGCUAAGUGUGAACUCUCCUCAUCUGUGCAGACCGACAUCAACUUGCCAUAUCUUACGAUGGAUGCUUCUGGACCUAAGCAUUUGAAUAUGAAGCUGACUCGGGCUCAGUUUGAGGGGAUUGUUGCUGAGCUAAUCAGGAGGACCAUCGCCCCAUGCCAGAAAGCCAUGCAAGAUGCAGAAGUCAGCAAGAGUGACAUCGGAGAAGUGAUUCUUGUUGGUGGCAUGACUAGGAUGCCCAAGGUUCAGCAGACUGUGCAGGAUCUCUUUGGCCGAGCCCCAAGUAAAGCUGUCAAUCCUGACGAGGCUGUGGCCAUUGGAGCUGCCAUUCAGGGAGGUGUGUUGGCUGGUGAUGUCACAGAUGUUCUGCUCCUGGAUGUCACUCCCCUUUCUUUGGGUAUUGAGACUCUGGGAGGUGUAUUUACCAAACUUAUUAACAGGAACACCACUAUUCCAACCAAGAAAAGCCAGGUAUUUUCUACAGCUGCUGAUGGUCAGACUCAGGUGGAGAUUAAAGUGUGUCAGGGUGAGAGAGAGAUGGCUGGAGACAACAAACUUCUUGGACAGUUUACUUUGAUUGGAAUUCCCCCAGCCCCUCGUGGAGUCCCUCAGAUUGAAGUUACAUUUGACAUUGAUGCCAAUGGGAUUGUACAUGUUUCUGCCAAAGAUAAGGGUACAGGACGAGAGCAGCAGAUUGUGAUCCAGUCUUCUGGUGGGUUAAGCAAAGAUGAUAUUGAAAAUAUGGUUAAAAACGCAGAGAAGUAUGCUGAGGAAGACAGGCGAAAGAAGGAACGAGUUGAAGCAGUUAACAUGGCAGAAGGCAUCAUUCAUGAUACAGAAAGCAAGAUGGAAGAAUUCAAGGACCAGUUGCCUGCUGACGAGUGCAACAAGCUAAAAGAAGAGAUUUCCAAAAUGAGGGAGCUCCUGGCUCGAAAAGAUAGUGAAACUGGAGAAAACAUAAGGCAGGCAGCGUCUUCCCUUCAGCAGGCAUCAUUGAAGCUCUUCGAAAUGGCAUACAAAAAGAUGGCGUCUGAGCGAGAAGGCUCUGGAAGUUCUGGCACUGGGGAACAAAAGGAAGAUCAAAAAGAGGAGAAACAGUAAUAACAGUAAACUUCGGAGCCAAUAGAACAACAUAUGAUGCUUGGGAGUGAAGGGACUGCCUGAGCAGAAAUGGUCAAACUUCAGUCUUUUACUGUGUUUUUGCAGUAUUCUAUAUAUAAUUUCCUUAAUAUGUAAAUUUAGUGACUGUUAGCUAAUGAUCAUUAAUGAGUGAUAAUUCCAACAGUUCAAAGCUCACAAUGUUCUGUCCCUAGCCUGUCAUUUUUCAGCUGCACAUAAAAGGAAAGAUGAUUUAAUGAUUAUAAAGACACAACAUUGUUUUUUGCUGAAAUAGCUGUAUUUUCAACUGGUGAGACCAUCGCACACACAAACAAUGAAGGUAGUCGGUUACGGACCUAGAAUAAAACCAUCUGGGGAUAAGAUACUUUAGUACUGCCAUACCAGCCUGUGUAUAUAUGGGAUCCUUCAACUGAGACCUUGCAAGACAAGCCUGCCGUGCCACGUUCAGAGGUAGAGUGGGGAAGCUAGAUCAAUGGAGAACUAAGUAUUUAUGUUAGGUACAGCUUUUAAAACAAGGUAAUAAGGCUUCCUAAUUUUCUUCUAGCAUACUUCUAUAGUUACUUUCUGGCCUUUGGCACCUGUAUCCUUGAUUAUUUUUGAUCCAUUAUGGAUUUUUUUUUAAAAAAAAUAAAUAUGAAAAGCA